GGGUGAUUUGAAGCGGAAGCAGCGUCAGCAGGAAGGAUGCAGAGGUCCGUGUCCAGUUUGUCUCUGAGUCCCAGUGUGAAGAUGAAACUGGCCAACGCUGGUUUCCAGUUCACCGCCGACCUGCUGCCACUCAAACCAGUACAACUGAGCCAAGAGGCCAGUCUGUCCCAGCUAGAGGCGGUGGAGGUGCUGCAGGCUGUGAGGAGAGAGGGAGGAGGAGCUGAUGAUGGAGGAGCAGGAGCCUCUCUGACAGCUCUGGAGCUCCUGCAGAAGGAGGAAGAGUUGAGGAGCAUCGUGACGUUCUCCUCUCAGCUGGAUGUUGCUCUCGGAGGAGGACUUCCUGUCGGGAAAACAACCGAAAUCUGUGGAGCUCCAGGAGUCGGAAAAACACAGCUAUGCCUGCAGCUGGCGGUGGACGUUCAGGUGCCUCAGUGUUUCGGAGGGGUCGGAGGUCAGGUGGUCUACAUCGACACUGAGGGCAGCUUCCUGCUUCAGAGAGUUGUCGAUAUCGCCGCCGCCACCGUCCAACACUGCUCCCUUUUGGUCGAAGACGAUGAGCAGCGACUCGCCAUGACGACCUUUACCGUGGAAACCAUCCUGUCCAACACAUUCCUGGUGCGUUGCCAUGACUACGUGGAGCUGCUCGCAGAGAUCCACCUGCUGCCUGAAUUCCUGUCUGACCACCCGAGGGUCCGCCUCCUGGUGAUUGACAGCGUGGCGUUUCCGUUCCGGCAGCACUUUGAAGAGCUGUCUCAGAGGACACGCCUCCUCAACGGCCUCGCCCAGCAGCUUAUCGCCAUGGCGACCAGUCACAACAUAGCUGUGUUGGUGACCAACCAAAUGACCACCCGGUUGCGGGGUGGCCAAUCACAGCUGGUCCCUGCCCUUGGGGAGAGCUGGGGACACGCCCCCACUAUCAGGCUCCUCCUACACUGGGCGGGGUCAAGGCGUCUGGCAGCAAUCUUUAAAUCCCCAGAUCACACCGGAGCCACCAUCCAAUACCAGAUAACCUCUGAGGGAUUCAGAGACGUCGACCAAUCGGAGCCGCCGCCUAGCAAACGACCCCGGACACACACCGUCCAAUCAGAGGCCAGCAAGAAAGACACCAGCCAGUGAUUGGUCAGAGAUCACAUGAGCGUCUGUGAUGAACACGUCUUCAUGAC